CCCGCCCCUCGCUGGCCACGGCGCCCGGCCAUUGGAGAGGCGCGCUGUCCGUCCCGGCCGGCCGCCGCCCAGCGAACCUCCAGCGCCGCGGAGGGCUCGGGUGGUGAGAGCGGCGGGGCGCUGGGUGCUGGCGGGCUUCGCGGAGACGCUGAGCGGACGCGGCCGGCGCCGGGUUGGGGGCUCGCCGCCUGUAGCCAUGACCCUCGCAGUCGGUCCUUCGGCCCCGACCCGGGGCGUCUAAUACCCUACACAGUCGCGCGCAGCUGCGGGAGAGCCGGCCGCUGCCCCCUCGUCGCCCUUGGCGCCUUAUCACACUCCCUUUCCCGGAGCCGGGAGCAGCGCGGGCAGCCGGCGCCCCCGUGCAAACUGGGGGUGUCUGCUGGAGCGGCCCCCGCCACCGCCGCCGCCGCCGCCCCCGGCUCUGGCCAUGGCCUGGCGGGGCGCAGGGCCGCGCGUCCGGGGGCCCCCCGGGGGCGUCGGUCUCAGCCUGCGGCUGCUGCUGCUGUUGCUGCCGCUCCUGGGGCCGGCGCGGGGCUUCGGGGACGAGGAGGAGCGGCGCUGCGACCCCAUCCGCAUCUCCAUGUGCCAGAACCUGGGCUACAACGUGACCAAGAUGCCCAACCUGGUGGGGCACGAGCUGCAGACGGACGCCGAGCUGCAGCUGACAACUUUCACGCCGCUCAUCCAGUACGGCUGCUCCAGCCAGCUGCAGUUCUUCCUUUGUUCGGUGUAUGUGCCCAUGUGCACAGAGAAGGUCAACAUCCCCAUCGGUCCCUGCGGCGGCAUGUGUCUUUCGGUCAAGAGACGCUGCGAGCCUGUACUGAAGGAAUUUGGAUUUGCCUGGCCAGAGAGCCUGAACUGCAGCAAAUUCCCACCGCAGAAUGACCACAACCACAUGUGCAUGGAAGGGCCAGGUGAUGAGGAGGUGCCCUUACCUCACAAAACCCCCAUCCAGCCUGGGGAAGAGUGCCAUUCGGUGGGAACCAACUCCGAUCAGUACAUCUGGGUGAAGAGGAGCCUGAACUGCGUUCUCAAGUGUGGCUACGAUGCUGGCUUAUACAGCCGCUCGGCCAAGGAGUUCACCGACCUCUGGAUGGCUGUGUGGGCCAGCCUGUGCUUCAUCUCCACCGCCUUCACUGUGCUGACCUUCUUGAUCGAUUCUUCCAGGUUUUCCUACCCGGAGCGCCCCAUCAUAUUUCUCAGUAUGUGCUAUAAUAUUUAUAGCAUUGCUUAUAUUGUCAGGCUGACUGUAGGCCGGGAAAGGAUAUCCUGCGAUUUUGAAGAGGCAGCAGAACCUGUUCUCAUCCAAGAAGGACUUAAGAACACAGGAUGUGCAAUCAUUUUCUUGCUGAUGUACUUUUUUGGAAUGGCCAGUUCCAUCUGGUGGGUUAUUCUGACACUCACUUGGUUUUUGGCAGCCGGACUCAAAUGGGGUCAUGAAGCCAUUGAAAUGCACAGCUCUUAUUUCCACAUUGCAGCCUGGGCCAUCCCUGCAGUGAAAACCAUCGUUAUCUUGAUUAUGAGGCUGGUGGAUGCAGAUGAACUGACUGGCCUGUGCUAUGUGGGGAACCAAAACCUUGACGCCCUCACGGGCUUUGUGGUGGCUCCCCUCUUCACCUACCUGGUGAUUGGAACUUUGUUCAUCGCUGCAGGCUUGGUGGCCUUGUUCAAAAUCCGGUCGAAUCUUCAAAAGGAUGGGACAAAGACAGACAAGUUGGAAAGGCUGAUGGUCAAGAUUGGGGUCUUCUCAGUCCUGUACACAGUGCCUGCAACCUGUGUGAUUGCCUGUUAUUUCUAUGAAAUCUCCAACUGGGCCCUCUUCCGGUAUUCUGCAGAUGAUUCCAAUAUGGCAGUUGAAAUGUUGAAAAUUUUUAUGUCUUUGCUGGUAGGCAUCACUUCAGGCAUGUGGAUUUGGUCUGCCAAAACUCUUCACACGUGGCAGAAGUGUUCCAACAGGUUGGUGAAUUCUGGGAAGGUGAAGAGAGAAAAAAGAGGGAAUGGUUGGGUGAAGCCUGGGAGAGGCAAUGAAACGGUGGUAUAAGGCCAGCCAGCCUCCACGCUUACCAGAUUUUGAAGGGGGAAUGCCAGCAUUGCGGUGCAAAUGCUACUAAAAGCUUCAUGCAGUGAAUCUCAGUUUGAACAAACUAGCAACACUUAAGUGACCCCCAUAACCCAACACCACUCUCCCCCGUCUCCCCCCAGUAUCAUAAAACGAAUGAUUUUGCUGCAGACUUUGGAAUGAUCCAAAAUGGAAAAGCCAGUUAGAGGCUUUCAAAGCUGUGAAAAAUCAAAACAUUGAUCACUUUAGCAGGUCGCAGCUUAGAGCGUGGAGGUCCUGCCUAGAUUCCAGGAGGUCCAGGGCGAUGCUGCUUUUCCCUGCAGGGUGGGAUGUGAGCUGUGAGCAGGCAGCUUGCAGGGAGAAAGAUUAACUUUUUUAACCCUUUAAAAUUUUUAAAUACUAACUGGGUCUUUCAGAUAGCAAAGUGAUCUAUAAACACUGGAAAUGCUGGGUUCAGAGAAGUGUUACAGGAGUUUUAUAGUUUGGCUGAUCUAACAUAAACAUUUUCUGUGGUGCACUGUCUGCUGUUUAGAACUCUGCGGAUUGCUCUCCCAAGAGGUGGUGUCAGAAUCUUUCAGUGCCUUUGUCAUAAAACAGAAUUGUUUGAACAAACAAAAGUACUGUACAAACACACAUAAGGUAUCCAGUGGAGUUUUCUUCUCUCUCUUCCUCUCAGAUUUCAACAGCUCUGUCCUCGGCUGCUGCUGUUUUCUCCAUUUUACAUUAAUGACUCAAAAUAGGUAUUUUUAUAGGAAUUUUUGCACUGCAGCAUGCCUAAUGAGGGGGAAAGGAAGGGCAAUUCACUUUCUUGACAUUCACUUAAUUCAGAGGAAAAUGAGAUUUACCAAGUCGACUUACCUUACCCACCCCAGAGACCGAUUGCAUUGAGCAACGGGGACUUAAUAUAUUUUACUUUGUGUGAUUGCAUCUAUGCAGACGCCAGUCUGGACGAGCUAAAAUGUUAAGUUUCUUGGCAACUUUGCAUUCACACAGAUUAACUGUGUAAUUUGUGUGUGUCAAUUACAAUUAAAAGGACAUUCUUGGACCAUGACUUAAUAGUUACUCAGCUGACUUUAAAACUAUGGUCAGCUUGCAUUCUCAGAAGGAUAGUGCCUUUUUUUCCCUUUGGUAUAAGAAUGUUAUCAGAGUCUGGUCUACUUACCACAGUGGAGACUUUUUCAAUUUUGUAGAGGGAGCUAAGGACAGCUAAUCCAGCUGCUUGGUGCAUAAUUGUUUCCUAGUAAUUGGCAAGGACUCCGUAUGAGAUUUCAUUGGAGGUAGCGUGGCCUGGAGUAUUUAUAUGGUGCUUAAUGAAUCUCCAGAAUGCCAGCCAGGAGCUUGAUUGGUUCAUAGGGAAUAAAGUGUAGACCAUAUGAAAUGAACUGCAAACUCUUAACAGCACAGGUCUUAAUUGCCUUUUGCAGAGGUAUCCAGAGCUUUUAAAAUGUAUGCUUUAUGUUCCUUGCAAGGGGGUACCUCCUAGCAGGCUUUCAAAAGUUGUGGUUCUUUUAAAAUUGUGACUGGCCUUUCUCCUAACCUGCCUGAGGCCGUCUAAUCACAAGAUCUCUGGGACAAAUUGUUGAUGAUGUCACAGGUUGUUGUCCUGGAAGUUCCUACCUGUCUUUGCUUCAGCAGCUACUUUGCGAUGACUCAUUUAUUUAUUCUUGCCCCGCCCCACUUUAAAACAGGUAGGAAAGCUCUUUUAUCACAUUUCUUUGUGGAAAAGUAUUUCCAGGGACUCAAAAUUCCAAAUAGGAGUUCAAAUUCUGGAAGUAAGCAUGUCUUUUUGUUUGUUUGUUUGAGCUUUAUGCCUCUGGUUUGACAUUUUCCUUUCUUCUUUCUCUGCCCUGGUGUGGUUCUUGAGCUGUCUGAGAUGAAGAUGCGCAUGAGGUCUGUUGCAUGUUCUAGAAGACAAAGUCUUGGGGCUUUGGACACAGGUGCUAAGUGGGCACCUGUGGCCCCUGCUGUGUGUGCUGAGCCUGAGUACCUUGGCUGGACUCUGGGUCAGGGCUCCAGGAGCAUGAGAAAUGAUCCCCGAAAGGACCAGUUGAACUCCAUCUGAGACUGCAUCGCCUAUGAAAUGCAAAAUGUGAACGCCCCGUGCUGCUUGCAGUUGGUUCCCAUAGCUGGCCGGGCCCCGGAGCGUGCACCCAGGGGCAGAGCCUGCCCUUACUCACGCUCUGCUCCAGUGUCUUGGGAGUUGUGUGGAGACUCUGGCCCAGGAAAGGGAAGAAGGACCAGGCGGGGAUUUGUAAUGCCGUCCUCUUUGUAAUAUUUCAGUGAUUGUGUGACCAAGGCAGCACCUAGCAGAGGGCCAGGCAUGGAGAGGGUGCUCAAUAUUUAUGAAUGAUGAAAUAGCAACAAUAAGAGUACUUGGGUGAACCUGGACACCCAAGUUCUGGAGCUUUUUGGGUUGUAACAUGUCCCUUCCAUAAAUCUCUUGCCUUCCCAGGGGAGGUAUAUAUGCUCAGCAGUGGUCAUUGGUGCAGAAGAGAUGAGUAGCCUUGGCAAUGUCACAGGCUUAUAGGCCGUUCCUUUCACGUUCCAGACCAUGGAGAGUCUCUACGGUUUUAAGAAAGGAGCUUUGUGGCUGAAGAGUUAGUUAUCAGUUACCUUGAAGCAAUUCCAUCACCUCUUAAGUUGGUAUUAGUUUUAAAAAAAAAAGUUACUUAUCAGCACCUUUGUUGAGCGCCAACUGUGUGUAAAGCCCUGUGUUAGGAACCUUAGAGAAUGUCAGGGAGGAUCAGUUCUGUUCUUUUAACCGACCUGGACUGGGAUGCCCCUGGGUCUGCUGAACUUUGCCAUUGGUUUCAGGAAGGAGCGGGGACUACCGAAUUGCCAUCUGUUUCACUGUCUCCAUCCCACUAACCUCUUCCUGGGUCUUUCUACCUUUAACACAUCACUCAUCCUUUCCCAGGAUUCCUUGCAAAUCUAUUUACAGGGGUUUUGCCAGAAAGCAUCAGCUCCAUUUCAUGACAACCUCCAUGGAAAUCUCCUAGGAAGAUCACGACUGUUGGCUACGAGGACAUGAGCUCCCACAUCAAAUAUGGCUUCGGGAGCUGGCAGUUUAGGGCUUGGGAUGUUCCAGUCACUCAUACAGGUGCAUUUGAGGACAGCAUCUUGCUAGGGAAAAAGGUUAGGGUUCUUUUUCUUUCUCGGAAAUCUAGGAUAAGUAGGUAUAAUUAUAGCUUCCUACAAAAUCCCUUGGCCUCAACAGGGACCAAGGGCACCUCUGUCCAACCUCCUCUCUGGCAAGCUCCCUUCUCCUCCUUCAUAAAGGCCACACCUCAGGGCAGAGGAACAUGGGGAGAGUAGAAGUGGCCAGAAUCACCUGAUGGAGCUGCUUGGUUGAUUCAUGCUCUUUUUCCUCUAUGGAGACCUGUUUCCUGAUCUCUGAGACUGCUUCUUAGUUGGCAGCUUACUCAGGGACCUGAAACAGGAGAAGGGGUGACACUUUUUAUUUCCCUGAGAUGCUCUCUGACUUUGCUUUCCCCUGGCUGUUCCUCCCCUGCAUCCCCAAACCUGGAACCAGGGAAACUUCUGUAUCCAUGUCCUGAAUUGUGACAUUACCAGCACCCCCAGCUCUGUCCUCUCUGGCCCCCCUCAGCCUCCUGGUCACUGAAUACAGUAUUGGGAACCAAGCUGGGACCUGUGGGUGUAAAGAGGAACUCGACAGCCUCAGCCCUGGAAGGCAGACUCAGCUUAAGAGGAUUUCACCAGGAUGGUGCAAGCUUCGGCUUCUAGCAAGGUGGCCACAGCAGCAGUUAGGGGAGAGGGCUGUGGCGCCCAGACUCUGGAAGGAGCCCCCAGGAUCAAUCUAUUAUACGUCCUGCAUUUUAUUCUGUGAUGGAGGAGAUUGGAGAGAGUUGUUAUUCCAGCCAAUGAUGUUGAAUCGUUGGACUCUAACAGUUCUUUUUGUUCCUUUAUUGUACUUGGGUUCAGAGUCCCCGUCUGGGUUUGUAUUAUGUCUGGCAAAGGACCUGGGUUCUCAUUUUUCUUCUGGGCCUAGGUUGUAGAUCUUGGAAACUCCUAGGAGAGCAUUUUGCUCCUACCAAGGAUCAGAUACCAGAGCCUUAAAUAAUGGAUUUUGUUUCGCUGUGGCCUGGUCAGAGCUGUCUGCUGCUGCCUCUUGCCACCCACAAGUGCAGUGAUGGCCCACUGGGCGUUACGCGGAGGGAAGUGAACCCCGGAUUCCCCCCAACAGGCCUCUUCCCCUUGGUAAACCCAGCUGCCUGUUUCUGUUUCUGAUUUGCCUUGUUUCCUUUCUUCUUGCACCAGCAAAUUCCCAGUAUUCACCCAGGCAACGUGUAGAGGGCCUGCUUGGGGUCCUAGGAGCUGUGUCCUCUAAGCUUUUGCAGCUCCCUGCUUGCCUACAAUAUGCAGUACAUGACCACUGUCAUCCCAGAAGGCUUCUGAGGAGGGAGCGAGAGCCCCUACCCGCUGGAGGCCAGGUCCAUCUGCUCUCCCAGAUGUGCACCUCCCCGCAUCCUGCUGAGGGCUCGGGCUGGCGUGGCUGUGGAUUUUGGGAAGGAGAGGCUGCUUUCCAGGUCUCUCCCAGUGGGGCAUCUAGGUGGUCCUGAAUUUUUUCCUACCUCACAGGGAUGUUGUGAGACUUUAGAAGGGAUGAAGACAAAGGCCCCUUGAGCUCUUUUAGGAAAGGUGGAAUAAAUAUCAGGUGUGAUCUAUGCAGAGAUGAAAUUUGGCCUGCUGGUGUGGCAGACAAGCUCGUGCUCUGUGGCCUUUCCUGGGCCCCUGUGCCACCUGCAGCUCCAACCACCUCGAGGCCAACCUGAGGGACCUUCAGAUGUUCGACAUAGAGGUACCAGGCAAACCCCUACUACAUGCCCUGAAUGAAUUGCUGAACGUCAGAGGACACGGACCCUGCUUUUGAGGAUGUACAAACGUAUGUCUGCAUUGAUGUCUGUACUGUAAAUUUCUAAUUUAUCACUGUACAAAAAAUAAAAAAUAAACUUUGCUAUUUAAUUUU